UCAAGCUCUCUCUGACAGCCAGCGUGGAAAGAUGGUGCUCGACCUGGACCUGUUUCGGACCGACAAAGGCGGCGAUCCAGAACUCAUCCGCGAGUGUCAAAGGAAGAGGUUUAAAGAUGUAACACUCGUUGAUAAACUGGUCGCCGCAGACACAGAGUGGAGGAAAUGCCGCUUCACUGCAGACAACCUCAACAAAGCUAAGAACCUGUGCAGCAAGAGCAUCGGGGAGAAAAUGAAGAGGAAGGAACCAGUUGGGGAGGAUGAGUCUGUACCCGAGGAAGCUCAGAACCUGGAGUCCCUAACAGCUGAAACCCUGUCGGCCCUGACAGUCACCCAGAUCAAGAAGGUGCGGCUGUUGGUGGACGAGGCAGUGGAGAAAACUGACAGUGAGAGGAUGAAGCUGGAGGCGGAGCGCUUCGAGUACCUGAGAGAGAUCGGCAACCUUCUGCACCCAUCUGUACCCAUCAGCAACGACGAGGAUGCAGACAACAAGGUGGAGCGCACCUGGGGCGACUGCACCGCCCAGAAGAAGUAUUCCCAUGUUGACCUGGUGGUCAUGAUUGAUGGCUUUGAUGGAGAGAGGGGAGCUGUUGUGGCUGGGAGCAGAGGUUACUUUCUGAAGGGGCCGCUGGUGUUCCUGGAGCAGGCUCUGAUCAAUUACGCCUUAAGGAUCCUCCACAGCAAGAAGUACACCAUGCUGUACACACCCUUCUUCAUGAGGAAAGAGGUCAUGCAGGAAGUCGCCCAGCUCAGCCAGUUUGACGAAGAGCUUUACAAGGUCAUCGGUAAGAGCAGCGAGAAGUCAGACGACAACGCCAUCGAUGAGAAGUACCUCAUCGCCACCUCCGAGCAGCCCAUCGCAGCCUUCCUGAGGGAGGAGUGGCUCAAGCCCGAGGACCUGCCCAUACGCUACGCCGGCUUCUCCACCUGCUUCAGGCAGGAAGUGGGCUCCCAUGGCCGAGACACCCGCGGCAUCUUCAGGGUGCACCAGUUUGAGAAGAUUGAGCAGUUUGUCUAUUCCUCCCCACAUGACGGCAAAUCGUGGGAGAUGUUUGACGAGAUGAUCGGAACGGCAGAAGAGUUCUACAUGUCGCUAGGAAUUCCUUACCGCAUCGUCAACAUCGUCUCUGGUGCCCUUAAUCACGCAGCCAGUAAGAAGCUGGAUCUGGAGGCCUGGUUCCCUGGCUCUGGUGCUUUCAGAGAGCUGGUCUCCUGCUCAAACUGCACUGACUACCAGGCCAGACGCCUCCGCAUCCGCUACGGACAGACCAAAAAGAUGAUGGACAAGGCAGAGUUCGUGCACAUGUUGAACGCGACCAUGUGCGCCACCACGCGCGUGAUGUGUGCCAUCCUGGAGAACUAUCAGACCGAAGAAGGCAUCGUUGUUCCAGAGAAGCUCAGGGAGUUCAUGCCUCCUGGUCUGACAGAGAUCAUUAAGUUCGUCAAGCCCGCUCCCAUUGAUCAGGAGAUGUCUAAGAAAGCAAAGAAACAGCAGGACGGAGGGAAGAAGAAGAAGGAAGGAGGAGACCAGAACCUGCCCAACGUCAUGGAGAACAUGUCCGUGAACGACUCGUAGACUCGAGAACAAGACGACAGUGUUGCUUCACCAGCCGCGCAGAUAGAAGCUGAUGGAAUAGAGCCCCGUGUUUAAUGAUCUGUGCUCAGGUUUGCUGUUUCUCCCAAAUGAAGAUUCUCAGAAAAUGGGGGAACAAAUCUCUCAAUAGGCACUUAAUGCGGCUCUAUCCCAUCUGCGUCUGUCUGGAUGGAUGGUGUCAUUCAUCUCGGCUGUUCCUCCCCUCGUUCACCUAAAGCACACUGAAAAAGGGAUCUGUCUCUGUGCUCUCACUCGUCUACAGUCCACUUCAGAGUCCACACACCACCUGUCUGUCUGUCUGUCUGUCCAUCUCUCACAUCUGCAGCGACACUGAGCCUAAAACAAACACAUAAGCCUCACAUGCGACUGGUUAUAAACAGGUACAUGUUUGUUUUCAGCUGUUUGGGACCUGUAGUUAUCAUUGAAAAGUGUUGCUUUUUGUAUAACUGAUCAAUAACUGUCUGAAAUCUUCAUUCAAGCUGCAUUUCUCCUGUAAAAGGUGGUUGAUUACUUCAUGUCUAAAAUGGUUUUAAAGUUGAUCCAACGACUGUCAUUCAGGAUCUUGUGAAUGUGAUCAGGCGUCUGUCUGUUUUAGGCUUCCCUUCAUGCUGUCAUCAUCUUCGAGCAUUGUCACAUGACGUCAUUUUGGCCAUAAUGCUGUUCACUAGCUUAUGACUGAGACACUGACAUUGUCCGUAUGCGCUUGCUAAUAGAAAGAUAUAUAUAUGAUCGAGCAUCGAUGAAGUGGCACUCACUGCAAACAAAUAUUAAAUAUGGUUGAUAUGGAAGUUCUUUCU